CUUUUUUUUCUCCAAUAUGAAGAGAAAGAGAGAAAGGUGAAUAGACUGUAAGAGCUAAAAAGAAUAGACCUUUUAAAUAAACACGAAUUAUAUUAAAAGCGGGAAUAUCUCGUUUGAACACGUUGCAAUAGACACAGCCACUUACAGCGAUCGACAUCCGGAGAUUUUUCUACUGGAUCAAUCAAUCAAAUAAUUUUAUUUUAAAUUGACCAAUCGGCAACAUGGGCAAUUAAAUAUUACCCAUUAAAAGUUAUAAAAAACAAACUGGGAUAAAAAACAAAGUGGGAGCAUUCCAUUUGCCCACGUUCCAAUUGGCUACGUCCAACAUUGAAGCUUCUGAUAGGUAGUCUUUUGGAAAGUUCCUAAACAUUAGCCAAUGUGAGUGGACAUGAAUAAAUGAGACUCUCCUUUCUGUCGAAUGCAGUCUUUGAAAACUUCAAUGAAAACUCAAAUCAUAAUGGUAACUAGAUGGUAGUAUCUCCAGCCUCAUAAGCAAGAUAAGGAAAUCAUUUGUUCGUUUCAAUUACGCAAAUUCGUAUAAUUCUUUGAACAUUUUACAACAUUCUUCACUUAACAGUGACUGCAUCAAGUUGUACGAACAAUCGAUUACAUAAACUGGUGCCAGAUAAAUUAAAAGGAGGAUGUCACACAAAUGAUUUGGUGAUUGAUUCUGAUGUGUGUCAGCUUUUGUAUGUUUCUAAAACAAAUUAACACUGUUAUUUGUCGAAUUCCUGAUCAGGCAUCAGGAUAAAUGCGCUCAAAAAAAGGGAGUGUCCAAGCCAUAAAAGGGCUUCCUAGAAUAAGAGUAUUUAGUAUUUGCUAGCCUCGCCGAGACGACGAGAAAAAAGAGGAAAUAGAAAAUCGUCGACAAGAAUACGUGCGACUCAGCACCGCAAUUCGAAAAGAAAAUGACUGUCAUGGAUUUUUUUGGUUGCGCCUGUUUGGCUUUCGGCCCACCUUUAGCCAUGUUUACAUUCACCAUCGCGGCCGAGCCCAUCAGAAUAAUCAUACUAAUUGCCAGUGCCUUUUUCUGGCUCAUCUCUUUGUUACUAUCAUCAAUACUUUGGUACGCUGUCGUUCCAUUGCAAGAACAUCUUGCAUUUGGUCUUGUGUUUUCUGUACUUUUCCAGGAAGGUUUCAGAUAUCUAUUAUACUGGGUAUUGCGUAAAGCUGAAAGAGGCUUAGAGAAAGUUACAACGACACAUGUGGCCGACAGCAGGCACAUAUUCGCUUAUGUUUGCGGCUUAGGUUUUGGCUUUAUGAGCGGUGCUUUUGCUUUAGUCAAUGUUCUGGCCGAUGCGGUCGGACCUGGCACUAUGGGACUUCGGCAGGGUACCGAAUACUUCUUCAUAAUAUCAGCUGCCACCACUCUGUGUUUCAUUCUCCUGCAUACAUUCUGGGGUGUCAUCUUUUUCUCUGCCCUAGAUAAGAAGAAAUGGGGACAGAUUGUCUGGGUAGUUGGAUCACAUUUGAUCGUCUCGUGUAUGACCUUGCUCAAUCGUUAUCAGGCAUACGCGGCCAGUCUGUUAUCUGCUUAUAUAGUACUGGUAAUAACGACUACACUCGCAUUCAAGAUUGCGGGUGGACGAAUGCAGACUUUAAUUCAUUGUUUCCAAAGAAACUGAAAGUUUAAAAAGAUUACUUAAUAAGACAUUCUUAAUUAAGAAAGUCAUCUCCAAUGGAGAUAAGCAUCAUAAGAGAAAUAUUUUUUCCCUUUAGAUGCUAAUACAAGAAUAUUGUUUUAUUGCUCUAUUAUAUAAUACACAUAGGAAUAUGUUUAAUGAGCAGGAUAUUUUUUCUUAAUUUAGAUUAUCAAGCAGAAUAUAAAAUAUAGAUAUGCAGUGUUAUUAAUAAAUUUUUCAUGGCAAACAUAUUCCAUUAAAUUCAAUGUAUAAUACAUGUCCAAAACGUUGACCAACUAAAACAGGGAAGAGUUUACUCUGCAUUUGUAUGUUUUGAAAUUAACAUAUUUCAAAAUGUCUUGUGACGCAAAAGUUCUGUAGUUAUUUUCCCUAUGUGUAAAAGAUUCUAGCCCAGAAUAUCUUGGUCAAACUGUUAGUCCGUCCCUUAAUCCAUCGAAACAAUAAUCUCUAGCAAUCAGAUUUUAAUCCGAGAGACAUUGAGGGAUAUAUAUUACUCCUUACAUCUUAAUGUUUUUGUUUUUCAAUUGCAGCUAUAUUAAAUUACAAGGCGAGAAGUCACAUCAUCGUCAUUUUUGGUUUUUACAUUAUACAAAAUAAGUUCUUUUUGUGUUAUAUUUUUUUUUAUAUAAAUUAUAUAAAUUAUUAUAAUAAAAAAUUUUCUUUUCAGCUUGUAAUGAAUAGCUGUAAAAUUUAUUAUAAAAUUUAAUUUUGUAGUAUGGAGAUAUAGGGUAUAUGUAUUCUAUUUCUUUCUUGAAUUAUGUAUUUAUUAAUAUUGAAUAAUAAAGAAGUUUUUCAGUAGAUUUUUCAUUAAUCAAUAUUACCAAGAUAACAAUGUAUAAGUAAACAUUGAUUUAUUUUAAUGUAUAAUAUAAGAAAUUUGCAUGAUCUUUUGCUCAAUUACAAUUUAAUAUGGCUGCAUGGAGAAAGCAAAAAGAAAAAGGAACCUAAAAUGUACGUGUCAGUAUACUCGUACAUGUGUACAUAUAUGUAUAAGUAUGCGUCUGUAAUGUAUAAUUAUUGCAAAUGAAAUCUAUAGUUAUAUAUUAACUUGCGCCUUAAAAAUGGAUUCCUUGAAUAGCUAACAAAUGAUAACAAUUUAAGAAAUUGUUCGUUACUUUUUGUAUGCAAAAAGAUAAGGAAAACUAUUGAUGAUUAUACUUAAGAUAAUUGCUAUGACAUCUACACAUUCGCGUACGCGUGCAUACGUACACAUUUGAUUAAUUUAAUUUUCACUUAUCACAUAUCUCACAUGUGUCUCACUCGUUUAUCAUUCAAGUCAUACUGCAUUCCAUAUUAACAUUAAAAUAAAAAUAAUUUUUGUAUAAAAGAUUAA